AUGGCUGAGGAUCCAAUUAAUCAACAACAAUUUGCCGAAGAUGUUUUGGCUGCUACCCAGGAUGAUGGUAGCUUUGCUGCAGGUGGCAAUUUGGGUGAUCUCAAUGGUAAUAUGGGAAAAUUGCCCAGUGUCGAUGAAGUCUGGAAAUUGAUUGAACAAAUGGACGGCAUCAGCGAUGAGGAACGUGCCAGCAUUCGUGAAAAUCUCUAUAAUCCACAAGAGGGCACCGCUGAAGAUUUUAUGAAACGUUAUGCCCAACCGGAUAUGGGUCAUACGUCAUGGGAUUAUAUUAUCUUCUUUACAAUGCUUGCCAUAAUCAUUGCUAUUUUUGCUCUCUUCGGUUAUAAAUUAUACAAAUCGUUGAUGUCCAAGGAAUUGAAAAAACAAGAAAAGCUUAAACAAAAACAAUCAAAGAAAAGUAAAAAGGUCAACUAAAGCUAAUU